CUAUAAGAAGGAGGGAUGAACAAUAGGAGGGGUUUAGGAUAAUACAGCAGUAGCAAGAAAAGAGGGUGUUGUGAGUUUCCUAACAAGAACCCCAGAGGUCUAAAGAGAUCUCCCAUCCCCCAUGUAGUUUGGGAUGGGUAUUGUCACACCCUCUGUAUACCUCCAUGCUGAAGGUAACUAGCCAUUAACUUCCUUAGAACGCUGUGUAUCAACUCUAAGAACUCUGCUGCUGGCUGGAGAGAUUGCUUGGAAAAUCAAUUUAUGUUCUUCUUGCUGGACCUUAAACUCUGAUCUCUGAGACCCCUUCCCCACAGUGAGGGGUCUCCGGUCUCCCUAGAGUGCUGAUCACUUUGAUAUACUUAUUUAGGACGUUUUCCAGCCGUCCCCACGGUGUCCCUCUUUCCCCCCUCCCUCUCUCUCUGGAUGUGCUGUGUUGUUCCCUGUAAGCGGAAAUAUAUCUAUUUUUUUUUUCAGGAUUGAAUUCCUGAGGUUCUGACUCUUUACAUCACAAGGGAAGUUUGACAUGUUUUUCGGCAAUCAGCAAAAUUGGAUUCUCCCCUCUUCCUGAGCACCAUGAACUCUCAUUUCAACAAAGGCAGAACUGGGAAAAAACUUAGGAAUCAUAUAGCCUAAUAUUUUGGAUUUGUCUGGCUUAUGCUUUUUUUUUUUUAUAUAAGAUCAUGGAAAUUUUGAGAAUUCCGCCCUUUAAUUCUGGGAUCUGAAUGUUUUUGCUGGCAAGAUCUCAUCUGAUCUUCUAAAAUAUUUUUUUUUACCGAGUACCUGGAAUAUUUGCACUUUUAUAAAGGGUCCCUUUUGAAUCAGCAGGCUGAUCAGCCUUGGGAUUUGUGCCUGCUGUCAUGGCUCUCAAGGCCCGUGCGCUCUACAGUUUUCAGAGUGAGAACAAAGAGGAGAUUGACAUUGUGGAGAAUGAGGAGUUGAACUUGCUCAGUGAUGUGUCCCUCGACGGAUGGCUUCAGGGGACAAACAGCCGUGGUCAGACAGGUCUCUUUCCUGCAUCCUAUGUGGAGAUCGUACGCCCACGCUCUGAAUCUGUGCAGGUAGAUUACUCAAGGCACCAGUCAAGCUACACCGAUACCAACACUACCACCGCCACCCACCAUGGCAGUUAUGAUGACGAUGAAGAGGAUGAUGAUGACUGGGACGAUUGGGAUGAUGGGCAGUCUGUAGCAGAAGAACCCACUGGCUCUAACGGAGUGCCCCAUAGUCAGCCACCACGCCAUAAUUACCCCAGGCCAGAGAAUGCACACCGGCCACGGCCCCAACUAGAGCGUCAGGACAGUGUGGCUAGUGGUAAAAGGGGAAGUGUAGUAGGUCGAAACUUAAACAGAUUUUCUAGUUUUGUGAGAUCUGGUGUGGAAGCCUUUGUACUUGGCGAUGUGCCCCAGUUCGGUAGAGUUGGUGAAACCCAUCUAAUAGAAAUGGGAAGCAAAGGGCCACAGUGGAAGGGGAGCCCUUAUCCUUUCAAUUGCUCCGUGGAGGAACCAACCAAACAGACCAAGUUCAAAGGAAUCAAGAGUUACAUAUCUUACAGACUGACUCCAGACCACACAAAUUCACCAGUAUACCGACGCUACAAGCAUUUUGAUUGGCUCUACAACCGCCUGCUUCACAAAUUUACAGUUAUCUCUGUUCCCCAUUUACCGGAGAAGCAGGCAACAGGUCGAUUUGAAGAGGACUUCAUUGAGAAGCGCAAACGCAGGCUGGUUUUAUGGAUGAACCACAUGACAAGUCACCCAGUUCUCUCCCAGUAUGAAGCUUUCCAGCAUUUUCUGAGCUGUCGAGAUGAUGAGAAACAGUGGAAGGCUGGAAAGAGGCGAGCGGAGCGUGAUGAAAUGGUUGGAGCCAGCUUCUUACUAACACUACAAAUCCCUAGUGAGCAUCAGGAUCUCCAGGAUGUAGAGGAACGAGUUGAUGUAUUUAAAGCCUUCUCCAAGAAGAUGGAUGAGAGUGUACUCCAGAUGAGCGGUGUAGUUUCUGAACUGGCUCGUAAGCAUUUGGGUGGCUUUCGGAAGGAAUUCCAAAGGCUAGGAGGUGCUUUACAAGGCCUCAGCACCUCCUUCCAGUUAGAUCCUCCUUAUGGCUCAGAACCGCUAGUGAGCGCCAUAUCUCACACUGGGCAAACUUAUGAAAAAGUUGGGGAGAUGUUUGCCGAACAGCCCAAGUAUGACCAAUUUCGUCUACUAGACACUCUGUCCUUGUACCAGGGCUUACUAUCCAAUUUUCCCGAUAUCAUUCACCUACAGAAAGGAGCGUUCGCUAAGGUAAAGGAUAGCCAAAGGAUGAGUGACGAAGGGCGGAUGGAACAGGACGAGGCAGAUGGCAUACGCAAGCGCUGUCGUGUGGUGGGCUUUGCUUUGCAGGCGGAGAUUAACCAUUUCCACCAGAGAAGGCUGCUGGACUUUAAGCAAGCACUCCAAAAUUACCUGAAGGAGCAGAUCAUCUUCUACCGCAGGGUGAGCGACGAGCUGGAGAAGACCCUACACAAAUAUGAUUCCCUGUGACCUUAGGGUUGAGCAGAGCGAACAUUUCCAGAACAAGCUGGGGAUUUUUACUAUUUGGGUCAAAAACUUUAAUGGAUUAUGACUUUAUACCAGCCACAGUAUGAUGAUUGGUCGGGUGUAUUUACCAUUGGAUUCUUCCUCUUCAGAUACACCAUCUCUUUCUAUAUGUUUAUAUUCAUUCCAAGAUGUCUCUUUAGAUUAAUCCUCUAAUAGUAGAUGGCCCCACAGGAAGGGGCACAUCAAACACGGGAAGACUGAUCUUGUAAGUUGUUACACAUGGACUCUGUUUAACCUCCUCUAGGGCCCAAGCACUGUGGUCCUGAAAAGUUUGGGUGUGAGUUUAGAGAUGAUUUAUUCUCUGGUGUUUGUAUUUGUAAAUGUAUAUUUUGACGGGUUCUGCUGUGUAACAAAAGCAAUAAUAAAUCAAAGCUUUAUAUUUUA